AGUUCUCUCAUCGUUAAUUAUUUUGUCAAAAACAAUAAGCAUUAGUUAAGGAGUCAUCUUUAGCUUGAAGAAUGCUACCGGUGCUACCCUUCUAUAUUUGCGUGUCAUAUAGUAUGGCCAGACAACAAAGAUUUUUGGGUUCCAUAUUCAAUUAGCUCUACAAAGUUUUUUUUUUUUUCAGUUCCCGUCCGUUCACUUUUGCUGCCCACGUAAAGUGGGCUCUUCUCCUGUUCUUCGCUUUUUCAAAUUUUUCAAAUUGGCAUCGUUUACCUGACGUCUAAUACUCAGUAGAUGCCGUUUAACUAACGUCCGAAAAUCCAGUAAAAAAGUGGACACGUAAAUCGUCGCUGCCGGUCGCAGUAUCGCUCAUCUCCUGGAAUUUGGCGUAAUGGUUUAAUUUGUUGACUUUUGCAGCUUCUUGAAAAAUGGAACAAUUCAACUGGUACUGUCAUGAAUUCAAAAUUAUUAGAGUUAACUUUCAAUGGAACAUCCAAGUGUCGUUUAUUCCGGGGUCUGGUCCAGCAUCCACAGACUCCUGGGAGGGGAAGUAUUUGAAGUCGCCUUUCUUCUCAUCAAAAGAAACUCCUGGUUGUCAAUGGAAGCUAACGCUCAUUGAAGAGAAUAGACGCGUAAUAGUCGGGGCUGAUUAUUACAAAAACCAAACACGAGUCAAUAUCGACGACCCUGUUCUGGUAAAAAUCUCUCUCCUCAACACGAGUCGUGAGAAGAUAUACAAACAUACUCGCCCUUCACAAAAACACUUGAACUACGUUAAAUUCGAUUUCAUAUCUAUCGAAAACCUUAUCAAGUCCAAUUGUCAGCAAAGCGAUGGCAGUUUCACUUUCUGCUGCAAGAUUUUCUGUCAAGUGAAAAAGGAAUCAGACCCUUCUCAAGUUGUUCCAAGGAAUAGGGCAUUGGGUGCAGAUCUUGAAGGACUAUUGGAAGGUGGGCAAUAUAGCGACGUGAACUUUGAAAUUGGCGGUCGUCAAUUUCCUGCUCACAAGAACAUUUUGGCGUCAAGAAGUCGAGCGUUUGCCACCAUGUUCCAGUUUUCAUUUCAACAGCAACUAAUAAGUGAUCGCGUUGUGGUUGAAGACAUCGAGCCGGACGUGUUUGACGAAGUUCUUCGUUUCAUUUACAGCGGUCGCUUGAUUCCGACGGAGACGAUGCGAAAGAUGACAGGUGGACUCUACGCUGCAGCGGAGAAAUAUCAGCUUGAUGAAUUGAAAUCCCAGUGCGAAAAUCACUGCGUCCGCCAAAUGUCCCCCGAGAAUUGCUUUCAGUUGCUUUUACAUGCCGAUUUGUUGAAUCCCGUAUGAUGGAAACGGCCAGAUUCUUUCGACGUUUCUCAAGCGAAGUAAUGGCGACUGAUGGAUGGAAGAAGCUGAAGCAAGAGAAUCCCGUUGUGUUGUGUAACAUUCAAGAGAUGUUGUUUCUUCACCUAUAAACAGGUUCAUGAAAUAGUCACGAAAUGAAAGGCGAAAAAGCAGGAAAAUAAAUUCGUAUCCAGAUUUAGAUGUUGUUGCUGUCAAAGUAAUU